AUGGUCGGGCGCCCCCGUCGGGCGUCUACGUCUAGUGUCGACACGGAAGAUGAGAGUCAAAAAUCAUGGAAGCAGGAGAAAUCGGUCCUGCGGUUCGACCCCAGUGGUGUAGACCCAGAUACGACCUUCGAGAUCAAAGAUGCCGUCGUUCUCAACAAAGAUGGCCACACUCUCGAAAACGCCCUCGAUGUCGCUACUCGCGGUCCCUAUAUCAUCCGCGGACUGCUCCAUAUUGAGGAGCAGUCGCAGAGAGCACGCCUCAUCAUGAAAGUGCGUUCUUUGACACCCUUCGAAGUCAGGAAAUGCGGUCAAUUUUCUAUCGGAGAAUCUGACAGCGGUUCUCCUGUCAUAUGGAUGCUGGGCACUUGUGGAUGGUUCGAAUUAAACCCUGCGCCAGCAUACCUCCCCAUAUACAGAAAGAUGCAGGAGGCUAUAAGACUCUACUAUAGGUUAAUGGCCAUUUACAGGGAGAAGAAACCCAAGAAGGCGAAGAAAAGCAAAAAGGAUGCGUUGAAGGACCUCUACCAGGUAUUCCAUGAGUAUGCUGCCAGUAUCGGAGAUGGUUCAACGCUCGAGGAAGUGAUUGCAAGAUGUGAUGAUCAUGCUUCAUUUUUGAUUGCUCAAUGCACCCAGGACCAGAGCGAGGUCGAGUGGUUCGUGACCCCUUUCUACAGGUGGUUGAUAAAUAGACAUCAAGAUCUUUACUACAAAGAACUUGAGCGAUUGAACAAUCCUCCACGGCCCCAGAGAUCCCCCUCUGUCGAGGCCAGCAACCCCCCUGUCCCACAAAGAUUGACCUCACGAACUCGUAAUGGUUCUUCGGCCCCGUCGACAGCUCGCGACACAACUCCAGAUAUUGUUGAACCUGAAGAUAGUCCUCCCCGGCGACGAUACUCAAGAUCGCGGUCCGCUACUUACAGGCUCGAAGAUAGUGUUGUUGACUUGGUCAGCUCUACACAUAUUUCGAGAGACGGAUCAACGAGGCCAGUCAGCGUUCAUUCUUCAACUAGUAUACCAAGUGUCCGUAUGAGCGAGGCACCUAUUUCGGUAGACGCCAAGGAAGAUGCUUUCCGGAGCGUCCUCAAUGCCCUCGAGUGGAUUCGUGUGGAGAUCAGCAACUCCAAGGGCGGUCGUCUAAGCAUCUCAGCUGUUGCUAACAAAUUCUGGUCAAACUUCAGGUUCCCAAGCUACAAAGGCGAUAUAAAGCCAUCGUAUAGGGUGCCCAUUCAGGAAGUUCUCCAUUACAAUGUGCAAGCUCUCCUACAGGUUCUUGACAAGGAUAAGUAUGGUGGCGAAUUCUAUUCCUGGCUACAAGAGCUCGCCGAAACGCCAUUCAAUCCUGUCGCCAUUAAGCCAUCGGAUUUCCCGUUCUACGUUAUACGACGUAAGCAAUCUAACAAUAAUAUCUCAUGCAAAUCAACGCCCCCUUUGCAAGCUGGAGCGGCCACAAGGAACCUUGAUGAAGGGUUUUCAACUCCUCCCCGCUCUUCGCCUGCAGGUAAGAGCCUUAGGCGGCCAGGUCGUCCAUCUGGUGUCAAGUCCAGUCUUCGUCUGGCAACCACUUCUAAAAAGCGGCCUCACUCCGAAGUGGAUAGUGACUCUGAGGAUGAGGGGUCAGAGCCGAAACGGUCGCAUUACUUCUCUGCUGAGGAAGAGACUAUGGGUAAUAAUAGCCAUAUGAGUCUGUCCGAGGAUGAAGACGCUCCAGAAACAUCUGAAGGGCCAGUCAAGAUUUUUCUAAGAGCAGACAACAUCCCUACAACCGUUCCACGCGGCCCUGGUGAGACAUGGGUCUGUGAAGAAGAGGAUUGUGGAUAUGUGGUUCGUGGCGGUGAUAUUCAAAACUGCCGAGACCGUAUCAGACGCCAUUUUAACGAGCACGAACAGCAAAUGGAUCGUGUGAACCUCGCCAGGACUGAAGCCACUCGCGGUCAUUUGCCUGUAAAGUAUGCUUAUUUCCCGCCUUUUCUCAUUCUCGUUGAGUUACAUCCCCCUUGCAUUACCCAGCAAAGGCACAGUCCCCCUGUAGACGAAGUUGCUACGGCAGCCUCGACUCCGACUCUCGCAAAUAGCCCUGUUGCACCCUGUCUUCAGCCACAAACAUCAGAGCAAUCUCCCACCAAGGCUCCUGCUCUUGCGACCAGGCGCGAUUUCAGUCACCUAAUGGAUAAGCUCAAAAAGCUGGGUGAGAAGUCCCAGUCCGCCGAACAGCUCAUGGUCAACGACAUCGUUUUACCCCAGCGCAUCAAACGAAACCUACUUGUUUAA